CAUCCUUUUAUAAAUUAAUAAUGAGUGAAAAAGGAGGUGUUGAAGAAUAUCAACCUCUUCUCUCCUGUCCUCUCUCUUAAGAGUAGAGAGAAAAAGAGAGGGAUAUUAUAUAUAUAUAUCUCAGCUCUAAGCCUCCAUAUAUAUAUAUAUAUAUAUAUAUAUAGUUGCUUGUUUGUUCAAUCUAUCUUUCCAGAAGGCGAUUGCAGAGGACACUAGUCACUGCAAAGAAAGAGCAACGAAGAGGGAAAGGAAAAGGAGAGAAAGAGAAAGCUAGAGAGAGAGAAACGACAGACUUAGAGAGGACAGACAGAGAGAGAAAGUUAGAGAGAAAAGAAUUCAAGAGCCUUUCAAUUCCUCAGAGGAGAAAACGAUGUCUGAGAGCUUUGCACCCUUUUACACCCUGCAACUCUAACAGCUAUAAGAGAGAUCAAGAUCAAGAUCAAAAUCAAUAUAUAGUGAUGAUGAUGAAGAAGAAAGCAGUAGUGAUAUGGGAAUAGCAACACCAUCACUAUCUCAUCCAAGAGCUCUCCAUUCAAUUCAAAUCUCAGACAAUCCCAAUUCUCAAAAUUCUAUGUCCCAAGAUUACCACCAAGGCCUCUUCAGUUUCUCAAAUGGGUUCGAGAGAUCCCAACGAGAACAACAACAACAGCAGCAGCAACAGCAACAACACCACCAACACAUCGGACAACAGAUCCGGAGGGACAAACUCCGAGUCCAAGGUUUCGAGCCACCACCGCCAUUGGUGGCUAUCGAAGAAGAAGAACCGGUGGGGCUUCCGGUGUACGAGACAACAGGUAUGUUAUCAGAAAUGUUCAAUUUUCCAUCUGGACCUGCCACAGCCACCGAAUUGUUAGAGCAUCAGAUAUCGCCGAAUUACCGGAGCCCAAGACCGCCGUCUGCGGCCACUGAGUGGUAUGGGAACAGGCAAGGAUUGGUGGUGGGUGAUUUGGGACCAUUGAGUCAUGAUUCAAAGAAUCAGAACGUUGUUAAUAAUCACCACCACCACCACCACCAGAUUUCAAGCAUUAAUGCGGAUUCAGCAGCUGCCAUGCAGCUUUUUCUCAUGAACCCACAACCUAGAUCACCUUCGCCAUCUCCUAAUUCUCAUCCUCCUCCAACAUCUUCUACACUUCACAUGUUGCUUCCCAACCCAUCAUCAACCUCCACUCUUCAAGGGUUUCACAACUCAGUUGGGACAUCACAAUUCACUUGGGUUCCUGACAGUGGUCACGAAGGCGGCAGCGGCGCCACCGCGGCACAGCUCAACAACAACCCUAGUGAUCAAUUUGGAGGUGUAGUGGAAGGCCAAGGCCUUUCGUUGUCUUUAUCAUCGUCGUUGCAGCACUUGGAGGCGGCAAAAGCCGAGGAAUUGAGGAUGGGAGAUGGUGGGAUGUUGUUCUUUAAUCAAGGGGGAGGCUCAAGUUCAGGCCAGUAUCCUUUCAAGAAUUUGAGUGGGCAUCAGCAGGCAUUGCAUUUGCAAGGUGGGGUUGAUCAGAACCACCAGGUUCAUGUUGGGUUUGGGUCUUCUUCAUUGGGGAUGGUCAAUGUGUUGAGGAAUUCCAAGUAUGUGAGGGCUGCACAAGAAUUAUUGGAAGAGUUUUGCAGUGUUGGGAGAGGUCAGUUCAAGAAGAGCAAGUUUGGGAGAAAUAAUUCAAAUCUUAACUCUAAUCCUAGUGGUGGUGGUGGUUCUGGUGGCGGCGGUGGCGGUUCUUCGUCUUCCUCAAAGGAUCUCCCUUCUCUGUCAGCUGCUGAUAGAAUUGAGCACCAGAGAAGGAAGGUUAAACUAUUAUCCAUGCUUGAUGAGGUGGAUCGAAGAUACAACCAUUACUGCGAACAAAUGCAAAUGGUAGUGAAUUCAUUUGAUCUGGUGAUGGGUUUUGGAGCAGCAGUGCCAUAUACUGCCCUUGCCCAAAAGGCGAUGUCGCGCCAUUUUCGGUGUCUAAAAGAUGCAAUAGCAGCAGAAUUGAAGCACAGUUGUGAACUCUUGGGAGAGAAAGAUGCCGGUACCUCCGGAGUGACCAAAGGAGAGACUCCAAGGCUUAAACUGCUUGAGCAAAGUCUGAGACAGCAAAGAGCCUUCCACCAAAUGGGUAUGAUGGAACAAGAAGCUUGGAGACCCCAAAGAGGCUUGCCUGAACGUUCAGUCAACAUUUUGAGAGCUUGGCUUUUUGAGCAUUUCCUUCACCCGUAUCCAAGCGAUGCAGAUAAGCAUCUGUUGGCGAGACAGACUGGUCUUUCCAGAAACCAGGUCUCAAACUGGUUCAUUAAUGCCAGAGUUCGGUUGUGGAAACCCAUGGUGGAAGAGAUGUACCAACAAGAAAGCAAAGAAGAAGACAGUGAGGAGAGAGAGUGGAACCAAAACAGUGGCCUUUCACGAACACCAACGCCUAAUAUUGCUACCACCACACCCACACCCACACACCCACACCCACACACACCAGCUGGUGCUAAUACUGCUUCUUCUGCUACUACACCAACAAUUACACCAACAGCAGGCAAAAGAUCCGAAAUCAAUGCACUCGAAAACGACACUUCAAUGGCUGCAAUCAAUAGACAGUGCUUCUCGGAAAACCAAGCGAAACAGGCCAAAACUACUACCGCCACCGUGUCCACCACCGCCACUGCCACCACCAUGCCGCCACCACACCUAAUCCAAUCUUUUCCGGCUAUUCACGAACCGGACACGUGUCGCCAUGCCGACAUAGUGGGGGCUGAUUACGGGACCACUACCACCACUGCUGCUGCUGACAUUGGAUCAACAUUGAUCAGGUUCGGGACCACCACCGGAGAUGUGUCGCUCACGCUCGGGCUUCGCCAUGCCGGAAAUGUGCCGGAUAAGAGUUCCUUUAGGGGCUGUUAAAUUAAUUAUACAAGUGUUUGGAAAAAAACACAAAUAUGUUCCUUUUUUUUUUUUGGUUCCAUUUUUAUUGAAGACAAAAUACAUAACGAGAAUAGUAGAAUUACGUUAGCUAGUAGUAUGAGGUGAUGAUCUAUUGUAAUUGUAUAGUAAAUUUUUUUUUGCUUAUUUGUACGUACUUACUUAAGGUUUUGUACUUUAUUAUUUCUUAGAUAGUCUACCUAGAAUGACAUUAAUUA